UGGCUGCCUUACACACACACUACUUGUCCCCGUCCCUCUCUCUCUCUGAGAAGCUUUGGGGUUAGUUACUGCAGUACUGCCGGAGUGAGCUUCAGAACUGAAGGGGAGGGGUGGUUCUCCCUCUCUCUCUGAACCUCGUCAGUCUGAGUAGAACACUGAUAGUAUCGGACACAGCGGGGACAACUCUCCCACCACAUUAACUGCGCAGCAGCGUGUGUGUUCGUGUGUGUAGCGCUAAAGGGAGAGCUCUAAGUGUGUGCCAGGAAAAAGGAGGAGUGUAUAAAAGGAGAAGCAGCACCAUUCUGGCUGUGUUUUCUCUCAGUGUACAGAGGGGCUGGAUGUCUGGAGGUUUUCAGAGGAGGAGCUCUGAAGAGUAUGGACUCUACUCCAGUGACUGAACUAAAGGGUCAGUUGAAGGAGCCUUAGAAUGGGAUCACUUCUCACUUCCUCACCUGUCCAAAAGUGCACUUCAAUAUCUACCUCUCAGUGACUCUGUGACUCCUAGGCCUAUAGGGACUGCUGACUUCUUAUCACUGGUGUUGAUCUGAGUCAGCUUUAAUCAAUGAAACACCUUGCUCAGUAGACGUCUGCCCACAUAGGUAAACAUGGAGUUCUCCGUGGUUUGACCUUGCUUUGAGGUCUUUAGCAGUUAGCGACAUCAGCUUUCCCCACACACUCCCGAAGACCAGAGAUGAGUGUGUCUCAGCCCGGGGAACGUGUCCCCGUCGGGGGCAUGAAUGGCUCCGCAAUGAGGCUCCCCCUCCUCCGCACCGGUGACCAAAAUGGCAAUGCUUUCCCUGUCUCCUCUUCCUCCUCCUCUUCCUCCCCAGACUCCCUGCAAAGUCUGAGCAGCCUGGACGUCGACAUGGAAUGCGUGAUGUCGACCCGAAUCAAAAUGGCCGCUGUCUCACCCGCUGCGGAACUGCCUCAGACAGAGGUCUCGGAAUCCAACGACAACUCGGUGUCCGUCUACGUGGACGCUAAUGAGGACUCCUGGAAUGACAACCUGACCCUCGCCAUGAGCAUUGCUGGGAUACGAGAGCAUAGCAACGGUAGCCAAGGCGAUCUCCAUGACAACGUUAGCAGUGUGGCGAGCAACAGCGGUGGGAGAAGGGACUCUUCUCCGGACUCGGCGGCCACGGAGAUCCCCGGUGACGAUGUUGAUGAUGAGGAAGGGUCGUUCUUGUCGGUGAGCUCGGACAUGGUGAUGAGGAGAAUCAGCCUGAGCGACUCGGAGCGGCUCCCCAGCAGCGGGGUGUCCAUCCUGGAGGACUCGGACACGGCCUCCCCCUCCACAACGGCUCCCAUCCAGGCUUCACUCUCCGCCCAAUUGCCUGACCUCUGUAAGGGCCUCGAGGGGAGGAAGAGUCCUCAUGCUGGAACCGUCACCAUGGAACUCCAGAACCUCCAGACCGGAGCUAGCAGCUCACCAGGUCUGCCCGAUAGAGAGGCGCUUCAGGUGGUGGUGGAUCUGCCCAAGGAGGCCUGCACUCUGGAUGUUCUCCCCAUGGUGGAGGCAGCGGACACCGAGCCUGGUGUGGCACUAGAGGUUCUUCUCAGUGAGACUAUAGUGUCUCCAGAUUCUGAAGGCUUCACUGUAAUCUCCCAGACCUCUACCUCAGUACAAGUCUCCAAGGGUGUGAAUUUGGCAGUGUCCCCCUUUACCGUUCCCCAGUCUCCAAACAAAGGGUCCAAAGGUGCAAACCCCGCCUUCCGCAAGACCAAGGAACACCCGUGUGCAACUCGGGUCAAACUGAACGCCGCCAUCGCCAAGACGGCGGUCGCCACGACAUCCAAACCUGGUAGGACCGACAUCAAGAGGUUCCCCAAACCCGACCUGAAGAACGUCAAGUCUAAGGUCAUGUCCAGGCCUGCCUCUACAACCAGAACAGCCAAUCAGACACAGGGAAAAACUGCUCCGGCCAAUGAAAAGAAAGCGCCAGACGGAGUCAAAAGACAAAGGUUGUCUUUGGGUCAAACCAAAGUAGCUUCGCUGAAGCCGAGCCCCAAACCCAGCCCCAAUCAAAACGCAGAGCCCAGAGUCUCUAACCAAUCCGAGAAGAGGAGGAUGGGCACUUUAGCCAAUGGCAUUCGCUCCACCUCCAGCAGCUCUCUGGGUUCAGAGUUGGCUGUGGAUGGGCACCAGAGGACCCUAACCCCAAAUGGAGAAGAGGGUACUACAGGAGGGUGUACUACAGAGGACACUGCAGGGGGUGAGACACCUGUAGAACAAAGGAGAAGCAACGGCACAAAGGUCUCCUCCAAGCUGGGGCCCUCAUCGGUCAGACAGCUGCCCCAGGUCAAGGGCAGGGGGGCCGGGGGAGCGAGCAACACCGGGGGACCCUCCCUGUCUCCCACCUCUCCAGCUCCAGUAGGAGGGAGUUUUGGCUCCAGGCUGCCCCCUCCCGCUCCUCCUUCGACGGGGAAGGACGGCCAGACCACUGGGAGUGUGUCUCCACCGAGAGGACGACCAAGUCAGCCAGCUGGUAUCCCCAAGCCGCGUGUCACAGACAGACCCUCUGGAUUGCCUGGGCCUACUGUGGUGACCUCUAACCCAAAGCCAUCCGUCAACCAGGGGUUAGGUGCUGCUCGGCUUUCGGCUGCCGCCGCCGCCGUGUCCAAACUGCCCGUGAAGAACCUACCCACAAGCCUUAGCUCCUCUUCUCUGGGCAGCGCCGCCAGCGAAAGUAAUGGAUCUACAGCAGCCCCCAGCAAACUCCCAGCUCCAGUGGUGGGGGGCUGUAAACCAGAUGAGAGGCCCAGCCAGCCUACAGCUCCAGGGGGAACCCAGGGGUCGAUUAAGGCCCCCACCACUACCAGGCCACUGGGGUUCCGAACCAGAGCCCCCUCACUACCAGGGAGAAGCACUGCAACAGGGCUGAAGACUCCAGCGGUGACCAGCCAGGUAGCAGGCAAGCAGGCCCAGAACCCACUUCAGAGGGCCGGCUCGGCCAGAUUCAACCGCCCCACAGCUGCUGCCACAGUGGACAAGAACAAGGCGCGGGGGACGCCGUUGGCGAGGACCCUCUCCCAGACGAGCACCACUACUCAGGUAGGAGGACCCAGCCAACCCCAGCCGUCCCAACCAGACCUGGUCCCAGUCUCUGCCGUCCUUCUCCCAGUCCAGGGACCAGUGGUCUCGGCAUCCCGCCCGGCCCGGGCUCUAGUGGAGGCUAAGCCGGCCACGGUGGCCCACUACCGUGCCCAGUGUGAGAAGAAGAACCAGAGCCUUCAGCAUUUCCGACGGCUCCUGGAGCAGGGCAACCGCAGGAUAGAGGCCUUGGCUACCGUGGUGCAGCACCUCUUCACCGAGCGUGAAGAGACAUUGAAGCUGAAGAAAGGACUGUCCCUGGAGCUCUCUAACCUGCGCGAUGAACUCAUCUCCUCGUCCCAGUGCUGUGAGCGGCUUCAGAAGGAGAAGGAGGAGGUGCGGGUGUCUCUGGAGGAGGCAGUGCGGAGAGUCCAGAGGGAUCACCAGGCUGAGCUGAGCGGCCUGGAGGAGAGGCUCAAGGCCUUCUACCAGGCAGAGUGGGACAAGGUGCACCAGGCCUAUCAGGAGGAGGCGGACAAAUGCCGCGCCCUCAUGGAGCAACAGCUGGAGGAGAUGAGGAGCAGACAGGAGACUCUGAGGAGAAACUCUGAGGCCAGCCACGCUCAGCAGAUGGACGUGCUCAGACUGACCUACGACACCGCCGCCCAAGAGCUCAGGAAAACCCUGGAACAGGACUUGGAGAACCUGGACAAAACACUAAAGGAAACGGAGGCCACUCUCACUGAGAAAAUCCAGGACCUCACGUUGGAGAACGAGGCGCUGAGCGAGAAGCUGCGAGCGGAGGAGGAGAGGAGGAGGAUUCUGGCAGAGAAGAACCAGAAGGACUCCCAUGUGUUGUAUCUGGGACAGGAGCUGGACAGUCUUAAGGUGGUUCUGGAGAUCAAGACCAAGCAGCUUCACCAACAAGACAAGAAGCUCAUGCAGAUGGACAAGCUGAUGGAGAGCAACGUGAAGCUGGAGGAGCGCCUGAACAAAGUCCAGCAGGAGAACGAAGACUACAGGGCCCGCAUGGACAAACACACCGCACUCUCCAAGCAGUUGUCCAGUGAGCAGGCCAUGCUGCAGCAGACCCUGCAGAAGGAGUCCAAGGUCAACAAGCGUCUCUCCAUGGAGAAUGAGGAGCUGCUGUGGAAGCUGCACAAUGGAGACCUGGCCAGCCCCCGCCGCCUCUCGCCCUCCUCGCCCUUCCACUCGCCCGGCAACUCGGCCUCCUUCCCCACCGCCGCAGCCCCACUCUCGCCCACCAGAUAACCCAAACUGGACACCAAGGGGAGAGAGAGAAAGAGAGAGUGUGUGUGUGGGGGGAGAGAAAGUGUUUGUGUGGAUAUCCCCUCCAACACACCCUAAAGACAACCCCCCUCUACAGUCCCUUACCUCCUACCCCCCAGAUCACCAACCCCAGCCUCUCAAGGAGACAAAGCUAUUCCAAAUACGGAUGGGACUACUUCAUAUGAUGACGCUGCAGUUUUGGCUUCUGCCCACAAUGACUUGUACAGAUGUUUUCUUUGCUCCCAGAAAGAGAAGACAAUGUUGCACAGAUGCACUUACUUAAAGCGUAGGACAAUUCUGCCUUUUUUUCUGCCUGAUUUCUCUCACUUUUUUCCCCUCAGCAGAGAGAAAGAACAGGCAACUUAAACCUCAGGGUUUGUACAUAGCUUCUCAGCUCGUUUUGAUUCUCCUUUUAUUUGUGCAUCGUGUUCCCCGCUCCCCUAAUAAAGUUUGUGCUAAAAACUUUGGAUGUAGUUUUGAAAAUGGUAUAGGCCAGAGACGGAAGUGGAAGUGAGACAUCGCAUUCCCUUUUUUCUGGUUCAUAUAGUCAAUUAAAAAAAAUAUCUGGUAAACGGCCUGAGUAGGGCAUCUUCAUUUUUCCACCAUCUUUGGUAUAGAGCGUUUUUGAGGACUUUUAGGGUGACUUAUUGAAGAGCAGAGCUUUAUCCAACGAGCACUUGCUUUUGACCCCUUGUAUAAACAGUCCAUAUCUGGGCGCGGAUAUUCAGAGUUAAAGUGAACUUUAAUCCCAACCCUUCAUCUCUCUACCUUAAUAAAACUGUGGAAUGUAUUUACCCAUCUGUGCUUUAUCGCUCAAUGUUCCCAAUCCAAAACUUUGUGUUGAGCCAAUGUUAUCUCAAACCUCUCCACUUCUCCGAGAAUGCCUCAAACUGACCAUCAUUUUGUUUAAUUUUAAAAGGUAAAUAAACAAAUCAAGGUCAAAGUUAUCUUUAUUAUCCCUCUAUAAAUACAUAAUUAAAUAGUGGAUAUGGUUAAUAAGGUAUUUGGAUGAUGUAAUACAUUGGAAUAGAUUGGUUACACACAAGUCUUUUACCUGUCAAAAUGAUUGACCGCUAUGUCGAAGCAGUGUGUGUGUGUGUGCACACGCUCAAUCUUGUUGUUGUGCAGUAGUCCCUAGAGAAGGGAAUCCGCCCUGGAGGGCACAGAUCACCCAUUUAACACCUACCUCAGUGGCCUCAAAUCUCCUCUACUUUAACAUGGAAAUAAUACACUCUCUCAGAUCUCUUCACUGGUGAGGUUUUGGUGCUCUGUCUGUAUCUCGGUAAUGUAAUACUGGUUUGUUUGCACACUCAGUCAUUUCUAGUGUCUUAUUUCUGCCUGCAGUAUUAACAGGUAGAAACUAGUGAAUGUUUUAAGGGUUGGCUUAAAACACAAAAUAAAUGGGUGUGUUCCAGGUUGUCUUUAGUGCAGUAGAUUAGAUCUCACAAUGUCUGGAGAACUGUUUGUCUGAGGAAGCCCAUUUAUAUGAUUAGAGCAGUCUCUUUUGAGAUUGGAAUGUGCCCAGCGAGAACGACCUGGAGCGUGCCCAGUCUGGGUGCCAGAGAGAACGACCUGGAAUGUGCCCAUUCUGGGUGCAAGAUAACUCUGGGGGGGAAAUAUAGGCAAUAUUUCUGUUAAAGUAAAUGUUGAACAUAGUAUCAUAACAUUUUAUUCAAAUUGUCACAAUCAGAAAAUAUUUGAGUGGAAAGUACACAAUUGUACCAUUAUUUAUAAAAGAAAAACAUGUAAAAAUCGCCCAACAGUCACAUUCACGUUGUUAUUUUUAACAGUUAGACAUGCUACAUUGGCGACUAAGAAAGUAUGUUUUAAACCUCCUGCUUUGGGCUGGAUGUGUAGUUCAUAUGCAUAUUGGCUAGCAGCAGGUGGCCGAGCAAGUUAAAACGUUGGGCUAAUAACCAAAAGGUUGCCAGUUGGAAUCCCUGAGCCAACAAGAUAAAACAUCUGUUCUGCCCUUGAGCAAGGCAGUGGACCCCCCCACAACAACAGCUCCCCUGGAACCCAAUGUGGUAGCCCCCCACACCUCUCUGAUUCAAAGGGGUUGGGUUAAAAGCUGAAAUACAUUUUUGGUGUGCAAUUGAUGAUGAAAAUAAAUGUAAUCCUUUAAUAAUCUA